AUUGGUGCUGGUGCAGUAAUGCUGGAGACACUGCUAUUAGGCUGAGGGACUCAACGUACAUUAUAAUGGAAUCAGCAGAUUUUGUUUUUGACUAUAAUUAUAUGAAUUAUGAUAAUUUCACCUCCUCCGAUAAUUUAACUUAUGAAGAAGUUUUUUUCCACGUCCACACCACCACGUGUUUCACUCAGGUCCUUUGCCUGUUGUUGCUGGUGAUCAACGUGAUCAUCUGUUUGCUGGGUCUUGGAGGAAAUGGUGUGGUUAUCUGGAUUGCAGGGUUAGGCAUGAAGAAGUCAGUCAAUACUACCUGGUACCUGAGUCUGGCUGUAUCUGACUUCAUAUUCUGUGCCUGUUUGCCUUUUAACAUUGCCUACAGCGUCACAUCGGAAUGGAUCUUCGGCCUCUUCAUGUGCAAGUUCACAUCCUUCAUCAUGUUCCUCAACAUGUUCAGCAGCAUCUUCCUCCUCGUCAUCAUCAGUGUGGACCGCUGCGUCGCCGUCAUGUUUCCAGUUUGGGCACAGAAUCACCGCACUACUGGAAAAGCAUCUGUACUAAUCGUAAUCGCAUGGAUCAUCUCUACAGCAUUAAGUAUCCCAUCUAUCAUAUACCGUGAUGUCCAGAAUCACCUGGGCACAAACCGGUGCAUUAACAGCUACACAUCCAGCCAGUACAGCCAUGAAAUCAUAGCCAUGAGCCGCUUUGUUUUUGGAUUUGUGAUCCCUUUCAUCCUCAUCAUUGUUUGUUAUACCAUCAUCAUCCUCCGACUGAGAGCCACCCAGAUGGCAAAGUCCAACAAACCAUUUAAGAUCAUGACGGCUCUCAUUCUGACCUUCUUCCUGUGCUGGCUGCCCUACCACACAUUUGUGCUAAUCGAACAAAACAAAACCUUCCACGCUGAGGUCAUUUCUCACGGACUGAAAAUUGGCACCACUGUUGCUGCCACAAACAGCUUCCUAAACCCCGUUUUGUACGUUUUCAUGGGCAAUGACUUCAGGAAGAAGUUCAGGAGCUCCAUCUUAUCAAAGAUUGAGAGUGCUAUUGGAGAAGACGGCCGAACGAUCAGUCGCUACCUGUCUCGCUCCAGCUCAGUGGAUGCCAGGGCGUCCACUCAUAUCUGAAGAAUAAACUGAAAGUAAUAUUUUUUUUCAGGCUGUCAAUUUAAUGCAUUCGUUUAGUAUGAUUCAUUUUAAACUAAACUAAACUAAAAUAACACAGUUAAAUGUGCCUCCUGACUGUAAAUUCCAUAAGGAAUUUUCCUACAGUUAAAAAAAAUAGAAG